AUGGAGAAUCCUGAAGACUGGUAUGACAUUUUAGGAUUUGUUUUGCUCGGCAUUAGAAGUGUCACCAAAGAAGAUUUAGGUUUGUCCUCGGCAGAAAUUCUGUACGGAGCACAUCUUCGGCUUCCUGGUGAGCUCGUAGACCCUCGUCCAAAUCAAACUACAAUCGAACCGUAUAAUUAUGUCAACAAGAUGCGCAGAUUUUUUAACAAACGACAUAGCGUGCCUACUCGAGAGCAGCCGCCUAACCGAGUUUAUAUUCCUGAAGAACUCAAUAAUGCAACACGUGUCUACAUUCGUGUCGAUUCCACAAGAAGAGCACUCCAGCCCGUCUAUACUGGACCACAUAGGGUAAUUUCAAGGUCCAACAAGUAUUUUACGGUCGAAUACAAAGGAAAUCCUUACGACGUAUCAACCGACCGCGUGAAACCAGCAUUCCUUUCUUUUUGUGACGUCGAGACUACAACUGUCAAAUGUCACCCUUCUCCACUGAAGCCUCAGUCAAAACCUGAUAGCGAACCAAGAGAAAACCCUCCCAUUUUAAACGCACCAACACAAAAUAGCCUUACUCGACGUGGACGGGUAAUUCGCACACCACGGCAAUUAGACAAUUUUCUGCUGGCACCUAUUUUUGAAAUAAACAUUUAG